AUGGUGCACGCCGACGAAACCACACACAUCCUCCUCGUACCGUACCCGGCCCAGGGCCACCUCAACCCGAUCCUCCAGUUCGGCAAGCGGCUCGCCGGCCACGGCGGCGUCCGGUGCACCGUCGCGGCGACCCGGUUCGUCGUCGGCUCCACCAAGCCGUCCCCGGGCUCGGUGCACAUCGCCGUAUUCUCCGACGGCUGCGACACCGGGGGGGCCGCUGAGCUGGGCGGGCACAAGGGCCCCUACUUCGAGCAGCUGGAGGCGGCCGGGUCCGAGGCGCUGGACGAGCUCCUCCGGUCCGAGGCGGCGAGUGGCCGCCCAGUGCGCGUGGUGGUGUACGACACGUUCAUGCCGUGGGUGGCGCCCCUGGCGCGGCGGCACGGGGCGGCGUGCGCGGCGGUGCUCACCCAGACGUGCGCCGUGGACAUCGUGUACACGCACGCGCGGGCCGGGCGCGUGCCGGUGCCGGUGCGCAAGGGGGACUCCCCACUCGACCUCCCUGGGCUGUCGUCCCGGCUCGGCGCCGGCGACGUGCCGACGUUCCUGACCGAUAGCGACGCGCACCACCCGUCCCUCCGCGAUCUGCUGAUGAACCAGUUCACCGGGCUCGACGCCGUGGAUCACGUGUUCGUCAAUUCUUUCUUCGACUUGGAGCCUCAGGAAGCGGAGUACCUGGCGUCGACGCUGGGGGCCAGGACGAUCGGGCCGACGGUGCCGUCGGCGUACCUGGACAACCGCCUGGCCGACGACGCGUCCUACGGCUUCCACCUGCACACCCCGAUGACGGCCGUGACCAAGGCGUGGCUGGACGCGCGCCCGCCGCGCUCCGUCGUGUACGCCUCCUUCGGCAGCAUCGUGGCGCCGGGGCCGGACCAGAUGGCCGAGGUGGCCGACGGCCUCCGCAACGCCGGCAGCCCAUUCCUGUGGGUGGUCCGCGCCACGGAGACGGCCAAAUUGAUUUGA